GCCGCCACUGCCAGCCCGCGACCUUCACUCCCACGCCACCAGCUUCGGAUUCAAGCAGGUGCGCGAGGACGAGAAGAGUAAGCUGGUUGGAAACAGAGAAGAUGUUCAGGCGCGGCGCGGCGGGCGGAGCAGCAGAGGUUCAGGGGAGGUGCCAGCGGAGCAGGAGAGGUUCAGAGCCACACCGCGCCGCCGUCCUCCGCAACCCCGGCCUCCUCCUCGACCCCGCCUCUCCGUGCGAACAAACGGCGUUGCCGGCUACGGCCACGACCACCGUGCUUGAGUUGUCGUGCGAACCUUAGCAGUAGACCAAGUGCAGACAUGUACAUAAGGGGAUCCGAUUACGAUUAGAUGAUGCAGACCAUGUCCUUGUCCAACAAAACUCGAUCGAGUGUUUGACCCGAAUUGUUCCUUUUUGCUAUAAGAAGGAAGAGUACUAAGCUGGAAUCUCCAUCACGUUAAUUGUCGACGAAACAUCCAAUGUUUCCGUCGAGUUCGCAGCAGGAAGGAGCUCCGAGUUCGCCAAUGUCUCCUGCGGCGUCUACACCAGAGUUCCAGAUACGACAGUCAAGAGCGUCACAGGAGGAAGAAGCUCCGAGUUCGCCGGAGGUACGCAAACAUUCGUCGAGCACUCCAAUGUCGCCUACGGCGUCUACACCAGAGGUGGCAAAGGCUUCCAAUCCAACUCAGGUGGAGGCCAAGGAGGUUCGGCUCUCGGACCUUGCACCAAUGAUGCUGGAUGAUACCGACGUGCAGACUCAGAAAAUAGAUGACAUCGCUGAACUGAACCUUGCAGAGGAUUUUGAUAACCGACCUUCCAAAAAGGCAAGAAUUUCUGAAUCAGGUGUUCUGGAACCAUCACCUAUGUCACCAACUAUGAAAACAUCUUCUCCAGGUUCAGAGUGUUUUGAAUCGAUUGUGCCGGAAUCAGAUGAUCAGAUGAAUCAUGAUACACUACCAUCACCUCCAUCCCCAUCUAGCUCGACAAUAUCUCCUGUUUUUCAAUUGCAUGAUGUUAAGGAACCAGAUUCACAUAAAGAGAUCAAACAUGAGACAUAUGAUUAUCUCCCACGAGCAAUAGAAUCAUCUUUGGGAAAACAAUUGCUGGUUCAGAUAGAUGGAAGUUCUGUCUUGCAAAAUCAAUUGAUGUUCCUGCUAGAUGAAAAAGAGUGGGUAAAUGAUGAUGUGAUCAAUGCAUAUAUAUGUUGUAUAAAGGACCAAAUACAUCUCCAAAAUGAUAAUAAAGUAUAUUUUGAGAGUCCAUUUGUUACCUCACUAUUUAAACGAGAUGGCACCAUUGGAAUACAAGAAGAUAGUGCCUUCAUGACAGAGACUGUCCUCGAAUAUAUGCAGCAUGACAUGGUAAUAUCCAUAUUCAUAAUUUACACAUUCUAGGUUUUAUACAUUUUCAUUUACUAUUUUCCUGAAAACAUUAACUAUUCUUAAAAAGUGUUUCAAUUUUUAUGUAAACGUUAACUUUUAUUAAAAAUAAGAAAAUUUUCAUGUUUAACCUUAUCAUCGAUAUUUAUUAAAAUUAGAUAUAAAAAAAUGAUGCACAAUGGCACAUGAAGCAGGUUUUUUUAGGCUAACCACACGCUAUAUUUAUUGCUCAAUAAUGUUGUAAGAAUACACUUUUUUAGCACAUGAAGCAGGUUGUGUCCCUUUUCUCGCCCAGUGCAACGCACGGG